AUGACUGAGAUCACCCUUUUGUCAAACCCCACGCCCAGCGCAGUGCCCAACCCUAACGAGCGCCAGAACACUCAAACACAAGAAACCAAACAUGAUGAUACUCCUCCGGACCCAGAAUUUCCAAAGCCAAAGUAUCGCCUGCACGUUGAAGAUCUCCGCCAUCCCGCAAGCUCACCCUUCAACGCAGAAUUCGCACAGCUCGCAGCUGUACUCGACAACGCCCUCAAACAGAUCAUUCAAUACCUCUACACCCCGCCGCAUGUCUCAAAAUCGGACCCGGAACCCAAGGGCCAGCGUCCCUACUUCCAUCCCUCAAUUCCACCAACGCGCUCCGUCACAAUCAUCCUCCGCGACUUUGACGGCGUAGCCUACACUACAGGAACCGACAUCGACAAUGAUCACAAAGAGAUCCAUGUCUCUCUCAAGUAUCUCCACAGCCUCGACAUACACAAGUCACGCACCAGCGACCCGGUUCGUGAGAUAACCGGCUUCCUUACUCAUGAGCUUGUGCAUUGCUAUCAGCAUACUGCACCGGUGGAUGACGGGAGUGGGAAGACCAUUCCCCAGCCGCCUGGAGGCUUGAUUGAGGGCAUUGCGGACUUUGUGCGGCUGAAGGCUGGGUUGCAAGCAACGCAUUGGAAGAAACCUCAAUCUUCAGAGCAAAGGGCAGCGAAGUGGGAUGCUGGGUAUCAGAACACAGCCUUCUUCUUGGCGUGGAUCGAAGAUGUUUGGGUGGGGAAGGGGGCGAUUGGCAUGCUGAAUGAUCGAUUGUUGAGGACGGGAUAUAUUGGGGAAGGCGACGAUAAAGAUCUAGAUAGCGGCGAGCCGGGUUUCUGGGUUGGUCUUUUCGGGAUUGGAGUUGACGACCUGUGGGACGAGUAUGGUCGCUAUCUGGACUCACCAAGCACGGCCGCUGAGGGUCACAAAGACAAGCAUCACGCUUAA